AUGGCGGGGAUUUCUUGUCAGGGCUAUUGUCGCGCGGGGACCCCGUUACAAACCCGGAACUACUUGAGCCAGAUACAUUUUGAGGGAUUUCAAGUUGUCGACAAUCGUAUCCUAACGGUGCUUCUGCAACAAGUAAAGGAUAUUGUGCGCAGGGUGCAUACUCUGGAAUCAUCGCAUGAAGCUGUGAGAGGUGUACCUCAAUGUCCCUGUCCGCCAACUUGUUCCGGGAACGCGGAGAAACGUAGAGCCGAGAUCAUGUCUCCUUCCAAGAUAUUUAGGCCAGAUUUGGUGUUCAGAGAGGCAGAGUCUGUUGUUGCUUCCGCAGUACGUGCAACGUAUGAAAAGCCUACAAUUCCUCCAAAAAUUUUGGAACAAGGACGAAAAGCGAAGGUCUCGGAUUUUACUUUCACUCCUGAUGGAUUUGCCAGCUGUUAUACAGACGGAUCCUGCAACACUUCAUUGAAAACGUCCGGAGUUGGAGUUUGGUUUGGACCGGAUCACGUUGCAAGUGGAUACAAGCUCAAUCCGGUGAAAAAGGAAACGAAGCUGCGGACCGAUUGGCGAGGCUUGGUGCGGCUGAAUCGUUGA